AUGUCUUCUGAUGUUGGUAGUCACCAAAAUCACAAUCCUUCGGAAAAUCAAUGUGUUUUUUGUACUGUAGCAUCAGGAAGAGAUACUACAAGUUUAUUGCAUGUUGAUGAAAGUAUUGUGGCAUUUAAUGAUAGAAAACCAGCUGCGGAUCAACACAUACUUGUCGUUCCAAAAAAACAUCUCGCAAGUAUUAAUGAUUUAAAAAGUCACGAUUUAGAAACAGUUAAAAAAAUGAAAGAAGUCGGUUUACAACUUAUUUCUGGUAGAUUAUGUAAAUCAGUUGAUGAAUUAUUAAAAAGUAAUAUUACAAAAGAAAGAGCAUAUCUGAUGGGUUUUGUUUCACCGCCCUUUAAUAGCAUCAAUCAUAUUCACAUGCAUGUCCUUUCUACGCCUAUAACAACUUGGUGGCCAAAAUCUUUAGGUUUUGGUAAAUUUAUUUUUAGAAACGUUGAUGAUAUAAUUGCUAAGAUAGAAAGCCAGCAGAAAUAA